AUGUACCUCCGUUCUUUGCAAGACAGUAACUCGACAGAGACAAUUCCAAUGGGGGAAGAAGGAGAAGUCCUCAUCACUGGUGAUGAUUGGUCAUUUGAAUUUACCUUCGUCUCGACGCUGGUGGCGGUAAUCGUCGUCAUUCUCUGCAUUCGCGAGUAUUAUGUUCGAAGGUACGGUGUGGACUUUUGUCCAGUCUUUCACCUUUUUCGAAGUCAUCAAGCGCAAGUUGAUAGAGACCGAGUCUACGCCGAAGAAGUCCAACGACAGCUCGAUUCUGAAAAUCAGGAAGCCGAUCUGGAAGCAAGGAGAAAGGAACGGAGGGAAUGGUACGAGGCGUACCUUGUACCAUAUACAAUGACUGUGGAAGAAUCUGACUUCUUCUAUGCUCAAGGAACGGAUGAAAAUGGCAACACAAUACUGAAAGAAAAUCUCACGGCGAUCAAUCGAAAGUUUUCGAGUAGUUCGCUCGACAUUCAGGAAUUGGGGGAUGAAGCAAUGGUAGGACAGUCUAACAUGGAAGGAAAAUCAUCAGAUAGCGAGGACAACGAAGAAGAAAACGAGGAAGUAUGCUUGAGGCUUCCAAUAAAAGACGGAGAAGGAAACUGUCGAUCGGUUGAAGCCAACUGUACCAUUUGUUUUUCGGCAUAUCAAAUCGGCGACAAAGUGGUAUGGUCUGACCUGCGGUGCAAUCAUGCCUUUCAUUACGAUUGUAUACUGCCAUGGCUAGUCAAGGGAAAGAAGCGGUGUCCCAUUUGCCGCGCUUGGUUUGUUCCUGGAUCAAAAAUCGAGGACCAAAGGAAGGCAUUGGCGGAACGAUUGGCGGGAGAAAGCACCAUGUCGUCGACGACGGAUGGACCAGAUGAAACGAAUUCUCUGGAAGUAGACCCACAAGGCUCAUCGGAUGCCGAAACGUUGCCUUUGAAAGAUGAAGCUGAUGCAAACGCUGGCUCCUCAAUUUUGCAGAAUCCCGAGUGCCAGCAGCAAAGUGCCACUCAAUUCACGAAUUCUAAAAACCAGCGCUCGUUUGAAAAACAGCUCUCAUCAUUUGAAGGGGAUGACGAAACCACAAGUUGUGACUGUCAAUGGCAGCUUGACAUCCCAACGAACAGCGGCAGCAUAUCAUGUAUGGUUGAAUCAAAGAACGAAUCCGAAACAGUUCCCUCAAACGGAGAAUAUCCAGCUGGAGGUACAGACGAGUCACUGAUCGAGUCAAGCUCAGCGUCAGCACUAGAUUUGGAGAGGCAGACUGAUUGCGGAGUUGAUCACAACAACACUGAUCUUGGCUCACCAGAUCUAACUGCUACUACGGCGUCAUCGGAUGAAGAAAAGGACGAUCAACAAGAAAUGGAUGCUUCUAUCGAUGAUCAAUCCCUAUCAGCACUCAGUGAAACGCAAGAAAUGUCAGCCUAA